AUGAACAAUAUAAAGGUGUCUUUGGGAAGGAAGAAGGUAGUAACUCCUUCGGAUGAGUUGUACACUAGAAUCGUGGAGCACUCUGACAUGAUGGAUGAGAUACAGAAGAACUUGGAGAAGCAACAACAGCAUUUAUUUAGCACUGCACUUCAUUCCAAGACGAUAUCAGAGUCAUUUAGAAGGUAUGGUGAUGUAUCAUCAACUUUCAACACAAAGAUACCACUGAGCGACUGCAUGCAGCGCGCCGCAGAGUGGCAAAACACAUUGAGCGAUUGUUUCAAUCAUCUGGGCAACGUACUCUAUGACAGGUCCACACAGCCACUGAAGGAGACUAUCCGCAUCCAGCUGGAGGUGGUCAAGGAGGGCAAGAAGCGAUUGAAGAAGCUGGCGCCCAACGAGAACACCUCGGCACACAAGUCCAUGGGCCCCGACUUUAAGAGGGAGCUUGAUAUAUAUGAUCGCGCGUGCAAGGAGGCCUCGCAGCUCUACAACGACUCGGAGCUGGCCCUGGAGAACUCCUCGGUGCAGACGAUGCUCUCGGCGUUCGAGGCCUACCACGACUUCUUCCAGAAGGGCGCCUUCCAGUUUGCGCGCAUCAAAGCCGACAUUGACAACUAUCGCAAGGUUAUAAUGGAGACCAACAAGGUGCAGGCCAAGCUGAGAAACUACAUCCCGCGCAAGACGUUUGGCAUCAAGUUGGAGGAGGUGUUUGCUCGCGAGUCCAAUCGCGGCAUGCCCCAGUUCCUCGAUGAGAUCUUCAAGCAUCUUGAGAAGUCGGCGCCCACCCUCGAGGGCAUCUUCCGCAUCAGUGCUGGCAAGUCCUCAAUCGAGACCCUUCAACAAAAGAUCGAGUCCAGCCAGCCCCUCGACCUGCACACACUUCUCGACCCUCACAUCGUCUCGUCCGUCCUCAAGCUCUUCCUUCGCUCAUUGCCAGAGCCCUUGAUAUUCUACUCCAGCUAUCAGAAACUGAUCUCUGCUCUUCCAAUGGCCAACCAGACCGUGCUCAAGAGUGUACUGUCAUUGUGUAAAUUAAUUAAGGAGCACAAGGAGACGACCAAGAUGGAUCUGACCAAUCUUGCCGUGGUCCUGGCGCCCACACUGCUCGAAGCAAUUCCAAACCUAAAGGCUGAGGACAUCCAGAAGCCAGAGACAUUUGCCGAGUUCAACGCGUUGUUCAUACUGUUGGUCGAGAACACUGACAACAUAUUCCCAUCGACCAUCAACAAUCAGGACAAUGGUGUGCGAUCAAGAUCACAUACAGAGGUUGCAGUACCACCAUCCGCAUCAUUCAUAGCAUCGACCACACCAAUCAGCAGCAACAGCAACAACAAUGGCGCACAACAGACAUCACCUAAAGAGCGUGGACAUGCACAGGAUAUGAACAAGCCAUUGCCACCCCCUCCACCAAUGACAAAGUCCACGUCGAAUCUCUCAACUCCACCCUCGCCCACACAAGAGAUGAACACGUUGUCACACUCUGGCGACAUCAAGCCGCCACCCAGCGCCACAUCAGAUGUGGCCGCAGUGUCAGACCGCUCACCACUCAAGAACAGCUCAGACUCUUCAUCCAACAGCAGUUUCUCAUCAGACACCGACUCUUCAUCAUUCUCUUCAUCGUCGACGGCUUCGGUGCCUCAGCCUGACCAGGCCAACACGCCACACAAGGAGGACAAGCCAACACCUCCUCCAGUAUUGCGAGCCAACAGUGGUGUAUUGAACAUUGGAGUGCACUUUAUGAACAUCAACAGGAACCUACAACGACUCAAGGCCAUGGUGGAGGAGACGCAGUCCACAGAGCAGGGUAUCAACCUCAUCAAGAUAUACAGGAGGAUAUCAGAUAUAUCAAUGUCCAUUCAAAAGACGACCAAGUUCGCAUUCAUUAGGGACAAACCAUCUGUAAAUAACGACGACGAUAAGAUUAGCAAGUUACGAAAGACAUUAGUAUAUACGCACGAGAAUAACAUCGACUUGAUCAAGGACGCCAAGGAGAUAUAUGAACGCAGCGAAGACUUGGCAGUAUGCAAGGAACUGGAGAGAUAUAUUGCACAGAUGAACACGGCCAUCAUCGAGGAGUUGGACAGCAUUGUUCAUCAAUAA